UUUCUUUCAUUUGCCAACAUCACUCAGAGGCCAUUGGGAGGGUUUUGGUGUAAUAAAGUUUCGUAUCGUGGAAAAAUGGCAGCGACAAGAAUUUUCAUAACACUUUGUAUUUAUUCGAUGUGCUGUUCAACAUCAUGGGUUCUAGGUGAGGAUUGCCACGAAGAUGUAGACGGCAAUACAGAAUGCACAAAAGACGGACUGACAACUGUACAUUACGUUGGAAUAGGCGGAGGAACUGUGGCUUUGAUUGUGUUCGCUGUCAUAUUUCGCUUACUCUGUCGCUAUAGAUGUUGCUAUAUCCUUGCGAGACAACAACGAGUGCAAAGGCAUCGUCAGGCAAAUGCUAAUGUAGAAGCACCUGCUGUAAUUACGACAGUACCUUACGCGAGACAAUUGGAUGAAAAAUAAAAAAUGCAGAUUUCGUUAUGGAAAAGAGACAGGUCACACAUUUUUGUAAACAAUUGAUUUUUUUGCAUUCCGCCUCAAACAUUGUUUAGCGAUUUACGAAAAAUACCCCGAAAAGUUGUUUAGUCAUUGUUUACCAGGAUAAGUUGAUUGCAAAUUGAUAUUUUUGGAAGUAUCUCUUUCAUACUAUUUCAUACUGAUUAGCAAUUUUUUAAUGAAUUUUUGACUAUCGGGAUUGUUGUUCAUCUAUAUUAUAAUACCU